AAUGUGCAAGCCAUUGACAUUGUUAGAAAUUUAAGAAAAAGAAAUGCUUUUGUGUAGGCAACCAGCUUAACAGUGCCUGACCACAACUCAUAGACCAUGUCAUAUAUACGUUUAUCUUGUCAGCAUAUGUAAGACUCAGAGUACAUGCAUAAAAUUAUCUGUUACCAUAGUAAUAAAAUGUUCGUUAGACCUGUCUUGAGCCUAUCCACCAUGGCCUACUUUUCUGUCUUAUCCGACAUAAGAGCUCGCGGGGGGGUUAGAAAAUAAUAUUUGGCGCCAUCGGCCUCAUAUGGGCGUCUCCCCGGUGAAAACUCAGCACUGAUGGAAUUAAAAGGAUAGCAGCAUUAGCCACUCAUGGCUCUGCCGAUCAGCAAAGCCGCUGUAAGGACUACCAAAGAGCCAUCGCACGACCAGCAAAGUGAGUGUAUUAAAGCGUUAACCAAAAAUUAACGGUGCAUCCCAUUUUCUAUCUCUGCAAGCAAAAAAUAAUUACAAUUUCUCAAGUGCGCGUGGUAUCAUUAGUGCACUCGGGGAUCAUAGAAAGAUGCUGCCGACAUUUCUGGUCGUGCGAUGGCUCUUCCGUAAGUCUCAGUUUGUGUCGACCUACAAACGAGAAAUAUCAUCGGUAGUCCUUAGCUCCAUUAAAGAGACGCUAUCAACGCUAGAUGGCUUUGCUGAUCGGCAGAGCCAUGACUGGCUCAUGCUGCUAUCCUUUCAAUUCCGUCGAAAUAAAUCUAGUGCUGAGUUUUCAACACCGUUCCAAAAUGGGGACACGCCCAUACGAGCCGAUGAAAUUAAAAGAUCACACCGUCAGACGUCAAAAUGUGUUAAAAAGUAAGUGUAACUCUCAGCGUAGGUACAGGCAGAUACUGGACCCUCUCAAAACAUAAUAAUAAACGUACUGACCGCCAUCAAGAGUUUUUUAUUCCACUUUUCACAACAUAACUGGACAUACUAUAGGAGUUACAAUUGCUUAAAGUCAGCAUUUCUGCAGAAACUG